AUGCAGUUAUGCCCCAAGUACACCUCCCGGAACGCCGGCGUUCAGACGCCACCGGACACCCCCAUCGGCGUCCUGGGGCGGCACUACCGCAGCAGCGCCCCGCGACCGGUUCACAAAGAUGUGGUAGCCAUGUCAGCAGAGGAGGAAGAAGAACCUCCAGUGUGCCCCCUAAGAGGGAGGAAAGCCUCCUCCAUCUGCAGUCCUUGCCUUAUGGGAGAUUCCCAUGACGGCUCUUGGAACACUGAUGCAAUGUUGGCUAGCUGGCUUCUCUGUUUACUAACGGCCUUCGGCUUCAUUGCAAGCGAGAAGCUGCUAGUGAUCCCUCAAGAUGGAAGCCAUUGGCUCAGCAUGCGUAGCGUGGCAGAGAAGCUUCACGAAAGAGGACAUGAAAUAGUGGUGGUAGCGCCAGAAACAAAUUUGCUCUUGAGAGAAUCAGAGUAUUACGAGAGGAAAACAUACCCGGUGCCAUAUUCAGAAGAGGAACUCAAAAGGAGUUUUCAAAAGUUUGCUGCAAACCUGUUCCGUAAGGUUCCUUUUCCUCACUCAAUUCUUCAGGAAUACCGGAACAACAUGUAUAUAAUAAACCUGUUUUUCUACAACUGUGACAGUCUUCUGAAGAACAGAGAAGUCAUACGAUACCUGGAAGAAAGUCAUUUUGAUGCCCUGUUGACAGAUCCAGCUCUGCCAUGCGGAGUCAUCCUAGCCGAGCACCUCUCCAUCCCAUCUGUAUACUUUUUCCGUGGGUUCCCAUGCAGUCUAGAGCAUGCCAUUUGCAAAUCCCCAAAUCCAGUUUCCUACGUCCCAAGAUGCUACACCAGGCACACGGACCAAAUGACUUUCACCCAACGUCUGGUUAAUCUGUUGGUGAAUUCUUUGGAGACGUCGCUUUUUAAGACCCUUUAUACCAAGUAUCAAGAUAUUGCAUCAGAGUUUCUGCAGAGAGAUGUUCACUUGCCAACCCUUUACAGGAACGGUUCCAUCUGGCUUUUGCGCUAUGACUUUGUGUUUGAGUUUCCCCGGCCUCUUAUGCCGAACAUGGUCUUCAUAGGCGGGAUCAACUGUGAGGAAAGAAAACCCCUACCUCAGCCACCCACAGCAGCGUUUGUGGGUGUCGUCGAGGUCUCCUAUGCAAAUAUUAGCGAGAUCUUGACCUGUUCUGCUACAGAAGCUGACUCAGCUUGUGAGAUGAGCCUUCUGCUGGACCCAGCCAUCACCUUUAGGGAAAUUCCCUAUAUGAGCCUGCCCUGA